AUGUUGAGCGGAGAUGGUAGAGCAAUAAAGGCCAUCCCUCUUCAAAUGAUACCAGCACCUACUCCGACUUAUUUUGAUGGAAGACCUUAUGGACUGCCCGAAGGAUGGAUUGUGGAACAAAGGCUACGGACAUCUCUCAAAUACUUUGGCAAAAUAGAUCAGUUUGUUCAUGAAGUCAAAACAAGAAAGCGAUUCCGAUCCAUAAAGGCUGCAAAAAAUGGAUUGAGGAGCAACUCAAGGUGGGCAGGCACAGGAGGCAUUACCAGCUGGCUUCACAGAGUGCCAAACCCCCUCGAACAAGUACUAAAAGGAGAAAAGCAACUCGAGGCUUCGACUUUGCAAACCCACCUGAAAAGCUAA